AUGAUUUUUUUUGGUCAUCAUCCAUUUCAUCAAAAUACUAUGCAAUUAAUCCUCUACGACUCUCUCUUCUUAUUAAUAACCAAAGCACAUUAAUUGACACAAACUCAUCUCUAAGCAUUUAUUAUUGACAUUAUUUCUUAAGAAAAAUUAAUAAAGAAGGCAAGAAAAGGAAAGCAAAAAGUGCAAAUUGAAUAAUAUAAUUUUUAAAAUAUGUUAAAGGAAUUAGAGAAAUAUCGUGUCCCAGAUAAUUUCACUGGAGCUCGUUUGUAGAUUGCUUGUACUCAAAUAAUCGAGAGUUGGGUAGCUUUGAAGCUUGCUUUUGAGCAUUAAACUCAAACGAUCCAGGAGAGUCCUGAGAAUAUCAAAAAGCUGAUGUCUUACUAAUUGGCAGCUUACAUUUAUAAUUGCGAGACCGAAAAAGAGGACUUAGUAUAAUUUCUCUCAGUGUAUUUGGAAUAAUACUUAUAGUUGAUAAUUGAAGACAAUUCAGAUCAAUAUAUUGCUGAGAGACUGUUGGAUGUGUAUAACGAUUUGGAAUAAGAUAAGGAGGGUAAGUAUUUGCAGUUGCUAGAAGAUAUCAGGUUGUAUAAUGAGCAGAAUAAGAAUCUUAAACAUGUGGCUAAUAUUUAAGAUUCAGAUGAGGACUCUGAAAAUGAGGAACCUCCUUAAUUGGUUCAAUAAUAGCAGCAAUAAAUGCAAGUUGAGGAGGAGGAAGAUAGUGUUGAUUCGGAUGGUUAUGAAACAGUUAAACCAAAGAAAAGGUACAAUAAGCGUAAUUGAUGAAUGUUAGCUUUAUAUAUAUUAAUUGUUUAAUUGGGAUUAAUAA